GUGAGUGUGCAACUCGAUGAGUCCCAUGAAAUGUGUGCCCGGCUUAUGGGUGCUUAUUUCUUGACGUCCUAUGUUAUCAGUACUCAUGCGCUGCACUGGAAGGAACCGACAUACCGCCUUGUCGCUGUUGAUUCUCGAUCUGUGAUCUGUACGACAAUCCUAAUCGCCCAAGUUUGGUCGCAGUACGCUUAUUCGGAGCACUGGAACGGCUCACAUUGGGUUGGCAUACUGCUUUUCUCAUCCUGGACAGUAAUCUCAAUCCUUUAUCGCAUCCAUCUAACGCUGCAAAUGCGACAGAAUUUAGAAACAAAGUUGCGAUAA